UUUUCCACUAUUGCUAAAAUCUCGACAAGCAAAUUUUUAAAAUUUAUUACAAAGGUUUAAGGCCUUAGUGAAGUGAUGGCUAAUCUUGGCCGCUGACAAGCCAGAUUGUGUAAUGCCCCGCGAGUCAAGUGCUGGUGAUAAACCCCCGAAAAAGUUCCGUUGAUUGCUCAUACUCAAUAUUAUUUAGUUUGUUCGCGGACAUCCCUUUGAGUUGUGUUAAUGCAUCAGGAAAUACAAGAUAUUAACCCUUUUCCCCCGUUUAGUUAAGUGUCGCGACAAGUCUUUGUGCCGCCGCGGAAGACAAGAAAUAUAUUUUAUCGACGUUUCAGUUUGCCACACACACAGACAAACGCUCAUAGAUUUUGCAGACUUCCCCGCACACACAGAUACAGCAGCACUGCGAUACAGAUACACGUGCGUUCAGCUGUGAAUGAACGGCCGCUGCUCAGCUGUAGUUUGUUUUCAUUCCGCGCCAAGAUCGUGGAAAGUGUCCUGGGAGCAGUGGGCCGCAUCCUGAAAUAACCGGAUAAUCCGCAGCUAUAUAUGACCUUGGUCCGCUCAACAGAACAUCAAUCGCUACGGAGACUCCAUGGGUUCGCUGGGACAUCGUGCCUUGCUGCAGUACAUCGAUAAUAAUGACAUCUCUGGACUGCGUGCUAUAUUGGACAGCCGACAUCUUACCAUCGAUGAUCGGGAUGAGAACUCCACCACAGUCUUAAUGGUAGUGGCAGGACGUGGACUCACAGCCUUUGUUCGUGAAUUUCUGGCUCGCGGUGCUGACGUUCAGGCUGAGGAUUUGGAUAACUGGACAGCUUUGUUGUGCGCCUCUCGUAAUGGACACUUUGAUGUGGUUCAACUUUUACUAGAUCAUGGCGCUGAGAUCGAGCAUCGUGAUAUGGGUGGCUGGACCAGCUUGAUGUGGGCCGCCUAUCGGGGACACACGGAGCUAGUGCGUCUGCUGCUGGACAAGGGAGCGGAUGGCAAUGCCCAUGGAAACUACCAUCUGGGAGCCCUGCUGUGGGCGGCGGGACGUGGCUACAAAGACAUUGUGGAACUGUUGGUACAACGCGGAGCUAAGGUCAAUGUUGGUGAUAAAUAUGGAACAACAGCCCUUGUUUGGGCCUGUCGUCGCGGCAAUGUGGAGAUUGUGGACACGCUGGUUAAGGCAGGCGCCAAUGUGGACACCGCUGGCAUGUAUUCGUGGACGCCACUCCUGGUGGCAGCCGCUGGUGGCCACACCGAUUGCGUUAGUUCCAUUCUCGAGAAGAAACCGAAUGUGAAUGCUUUGGAUAAGGAUGGAAUGACGGCCCUAUGCAUAGCUAGUCGUGAGGGAUUCCAGGAUAUAGCCGCCUCCCUUAUAGCAGCCGGUGCAUAUAUUAAUAUCCAGGAUCGUGGUGCGGAUACGCCCCUCAUCCAUGCCGUGAAGGCUGGCCACCGUACAGUAGUAGAGGCGUUGCUCAAGAAACAUGCCGAUGUGGAUAUUCAGGGCAAGGAUCGCAAGACGGCCAUUUACACCGCUGUUGAGAAGGGACACACGCCGAUUGUGAAGCUGCUGCUGGCCACAAAUCCCGACCUGGAGUCCGCCACCAAGGAUGGCGAUACACCGCUGCUGCGGGCUGUGAGAAAUCGCAAUCUGGAGAUCGUUCACCUGCUGCUGGACAGAAAGGCAAAGGUGACGGCCAGCGACAAGAGGGGCGACACCUGCCUGCACAUUGCCAUGAGAGCAAGGAGCAAGGCCAUUGUGGAGGCUCUCCUGCGUAACCCCAAGCACAGCCAGCUUCUGUACCGAGCCAAUAAGGCGGGAGAAACGCCGUACAACCUCGACUCCCUGCACCAAAAGACCAUAUUGGGUCAGGUCUUCGGAGCCCGACGACUCAAUACCAACGAGGAUUCGGAAGGCAUGCUCGGCUACGAGCUGUACUCCUCGGCUCUGGCGGAUGUGCUCAGCGAACCCACUCUAACAACGCCCAUUACAGUGGGUCUGUACGCCAAGUGGGGCAGCGGAAAGAGUUUUCUGCUGAACAAGCUGCGCGACGAGAUGAAUAACUUUGCCCGCCAGUGGGCAGAGCCCCCGGUUCGGACCAGCGGCCUGCUCUUCAUUGUCUGCCUCCAUGUGGCCCUGCUCAUUGGCACGAUUGUGGGCCUGAGUACCUGGUCGGCUGUGGUGGGCGUCUCCGCUGCUGUUGGCUUCCUGCUGCUCGCUUACCUGCUCCUAGCUGGCGUCAAGUACUGCAACUACCAGAUGGAUAUGCAGUGGGCCUACUCGGUGCAGCACGGUCUGGAGAAGAGGAUCACCCGGCUGAGAGUGAUACUGCAGGUGGCCUUCUGCCAUCCGCCGGGACCGCAAUCGGACUCGCAGGCGAAGCCAGUAAGGUUUCACUUUGCGGAGGCUAAUAGUGCCUCGCCCACGGGCGACGGAGCAGUGGCUCAUAUGCUGGCGUCUCUCCUGGACGCCAUUGAAUCGCACUACGGCUGGCUAGCCACUCGGCUGUACAGGGCCUUCCGUCCCAAGUGCCUGAAGGUGGACGUGGGCUGGCGCUGGCGUCGCAUGUGCUGUAUACCCAUCGUUCUCGUGUUCGAACUGGCUCUGAUCACCCUGGUCACUGGCAUCUCCUUGAUCGUCGCCUAUUUUACGUUUGCCAGCAAGGAGGAGAAGGAGGAUAUCCUCGUCGUGCUCUAUGUGAUAGCUGCAGUCCUGGGCACGCUCAUCUGCACGCACCUCCAUGUGCUGGCCAAGGUCUGCGUCUCCCUGUUCACCUCGCACAUCCGGCUGCUGAAGCGGGCGGUUCGCUCCAGCGAGACUGCUCCCCUGACCAUGCUAGGAGCCGAGGUGGCCGUGAUGACGGAUAUGGUCAAAUGUCUGGAUGCCUUUACAAAUCAGCAGAGCCGCCUGGUGGGUGUGAUUGAUGCCCUGGACUCGUGCGACACCGAGAGGAUUCUCACUCUGCUCAAUGCUGUCCAGACGCUGCUCUCCUCACCGAAUCGUCCCUUUGUGCUGCUCAUUUCAGUGGAUCCUCAUGUCAUUGCCAAGGCAGCCGAGGCCAAUAGUCGUCGGCUGUUCACGGAGGGUGGAAUUGGAGGCCAUGACUUCCUGCGUAACUUGGUGCAUCUCCCCGUUUACCUGCAAAACUCCGGACUCCGUAAGGUCCAACGUGCUCAAAUGACCGCUUUGUUGUUCAAGCGAAGUGGUGGCGGUGACUACCAGACGGACGACGGCCCCACUCUGGGUCACUCUGUCUCCGCCCGGCGGCUGUCCAAUGCAUCGGAGAUCAUCUCCAGCCAGGAGAAGCUACGUGGACCAGGACGUGGUGGUGGUGGCAAGAAACUGCGUCUCUCCGAGUCGGUUGCCAGCUCCACGGGCUCGAAUCUGCAUCGCCUUGGUCAGAAUCCUCAGACUGUGCUGGAUCUCUCGCGGAUUGUACUUACAGAUGACUACUUCAGCGAUGUGAAUCCGCGGAGUAUGCGACGCCUGAUGAAUGUGAUCUAUAUCACGGUGCGCCUGCUUAAGGCCUUCCAGAUCGACUUCAGUUGGUAUCGCCUCAGUUCCUGGAUCAAUUUGACGGAGCAGUGGCCACUGAGGGCCAGUAUGAUAGUCCUGCAUCACGAUCAGUUCAUGGACAGCAAUUCGGAUGAGAGUGUAUCGUUGCAGAGUGUUUACGAGAAACUACGUCCGAAACUGGCCUAUUUGAGGGAAGCUGCUCCGCUCUUGGAGCUGGAUCGUGAUGAGCGUAAGCUGGAUGCCUUCCUGCAGCUGCACAAGUCUGAUCUUCUGGUGGCGGAUCUGCGCAUCUUUCUGCCCUUCACCAUUAACUUGGAUCCUUACCUGAGGAAGGUCUUGAAGGAGGAUCAACAAACCAUCGAGGAUGAGGGUUCUCUGGUGCUGCAAACGAGACCCAGCGUGUCGAACAAUACGCGUCAAUAUCCAGCGCCCACCACCUAUGUGCCUUCGCCGCAGGCUUAUCCGCCUUACCAGAUGUUCCACAACGAUUAUCCUUCGGUCAACAACGAGCUGCGCUCCAGGAAUCUCAGCACAAGUACAGAGCCUGUCACGCCACUAAUUACCUCGCCUAGUGAUUCAUUUGGUGACGACAUCCUGCAGACCAAGCUAACGGACCUAACAACCGAAGGUGUCAUCAGUCUGCUGGAGCGGAUAGAGGACAUGAAGCCAGCUUUGGCCAAGUUAGCGCCUGUGCUGCGCGAGAAUGCGAUCAAUGGACGUGUCCUGAAGCACUGUGAUAUGCCGGAUCUCAAAUCGGUUCUGGGCCUGAGCUUUGGCCAUUGGGAGCUGUUCCGUCUGCUGAUCACCACGCUGCGUGAGUGCGAGCGCCUGCCCAGGAAGCAGCAGCAACGCCAGCAGCAGCAACAGCAGCAGACUGCCGCCUUGGAGGCGCCACCAACGAGUGUGCCAAUGAUCAAGGAUGUAACGGAUGCCCUGAUGCAGCCACCGCGAGAGUCGCUGUCGCGCAAAAAUUCUGUUAGUCAUAUGGAGAAGCAGGUCACCCUGGAGGAGCAAAUGAUAUGCGGCACGCUGCAGACCUUGAACGAGGAGGCUUACGAGGAUGUGGCCAACAGUAGCGAACGACCGAGUCCCACAGGUGAGAUGUUGGCGGCAGCCGCACAACUGCAAUUAGCACCCAUACGCGAGUCAUCCGAGUUCGGAUCUCCCUCCGAUGACCUCAAGCAGUAUGGGGUCAGUGGCAGCAGCAGCACCACCAACAACAACAACAAUAACAACAAGUACUUGCAUGCGGAGUACAAUCGAAGCGCCAGCUCGCAUUCCCUGCAGAGUCUCAGCACUCUGGUGGGCAGUGGCGGCGGCGGUUCGAUGGUUGGCGGUGGCGGUGGGCACCAUCAGCACCUGGGCAACGAACUCGACACGCCAAGUGCCAUGGGGUCUGCAAUGACGACGCCAUUGCUGGGCGGCGGCUCCUCAGGUGCCAUGCAACCGCCGCCAUUGGGUCGCGAUUCCAUAUUGAAGCAGCAGGGCAGCGUCAAGGCCGACAAGCGGGUAUCGAUCCAACAAACGGCGAGCAGUAAUAAUAAUAUUAGUACCAACAAGCUGACACCAAAUGUGGAAUAUGUUUCCGAGCGGCAGCAGCCGGAGGUCCUUCAGGGUGGAGGUAGCAGUGUCAAGCGCUUGACAACCAAGCCGCCACCAGGUCCUCGACCCGCUUCGCUGAUCAUCACCCGAAACGAUUCCAACUCACAGUUCCAGCUUCUCCGCUCCUCCUCGGUGGACUAUGACGAUGUGGAGGCCCAGGAGCAUAGGACCACGAUUAGAACCACGCUGCUGGAGCAGCAAGAGGAGGAGGAGUCGGCCCCGUUCGUGUUUACAGUGCGCAAAUGAUACAAUCUUCUCUACUAGCCUACGCUUAUAGUUACGAAUUAGUUUUAGUGCAAUUUAGCCAAUAACUAGAGAGGGGGUGACAUGAGUAUAUCGACGCCACUAAAGAGGACCUUGUUGGAACUCUGGAAUCGCCCCUGGGGGUUGCCUCCAACUACUUAUACUCUAGCAAAAGACACACACACAAAUCGUUCUAUUACUUGUUAUUAAUGUAUGUGUAUUUAUUAAUUGUACAAAGAAUAUGUGAGAAACAGAGUAAUACAAUGAGCGAGAGAUGGUA